AUGACUGAAGACAAACAACUUUUCCUAUUCGGACAUACGCUUCUGGGGAACGAGAAUUUGUUGCUUGAAAGGAUUAAAGAAUGCGCAGAUAAACGAAAUAAAGGCUAUUGCUAUACUUCGCCUGGAUGUACCGUGCUUCGAAAAAUUCCAGCUGAAGAUGUUUUGCAAGUUACUGCUGGGCAUAAUUAUGUUGCCUUCCUUCUGAAGGUUUUAGUUCAAAGUAGGGGUGAUCGUCGAGUCGCUCGUCUUCGUUAUGAGAUUGUUGCCAACACUAUUGAAUCUGCCGCCCCGACAGACAAAAAUGAAUCCGGCCCUGGUUCGGCAACAGCUCCAGCUGUUGGUUGGUUCCUGUUGUUCCUCUGAUCCAGCGGCAGCGUUGCAAAUCGGACUGCCAAAAUUCUG